AGUCGAGUGCAGAGGGAAUGAGAUUCACCUGUGGGACUGUCCUCUGUCCCUGAAUAACCACACUGACUGCUCACGCAAGAAGCUUGUUAGACUCACCUGUGCAGGUGUGUCAGUGUCCAUUACUCCUGCCACAACAUCAUCAGAUUCUCCUCCAGUUUCUCCUCCAGUGCGCUCAACAUCAGUCACUCCUUCACAAACUCCUCCAGCAGCGUCUCUCUCUGUACCCCAAGUGCUUGUGAUUGUACUGGGAGGUGUGCUCUUACUGCUCUUAGUGCCACUGCUUAUACUGAUUCAGCAGAACAGAGUGAUGAGGAGAGCUCUCUCUAAGAGGAGACACAGGAUGAUGACUGAGGCCGUUUAUGAGGAGAUUCAGCACAGACACAAUCACUUCACUCAGAGGGGGAGUCUCAUCUCUGAAGAACUGCAUUCUGGGUAUGAAGAUGCUGAUGAGCUUCUCUCAGCAAAGGAGUUCAAGACUGCAUAUUAUGAUGAUGUCACCAAUGGCAGUGGCCUAAAAG